AUGGACAUAGACCUCAAAGUCCUACAUCUCGCUAUCGCCGAACUCCAGAUCAUGCAAGAAAGGCCACUGGCUCAGCAAGGCGAGCAACAAGGGAUCACUUCACUUCUGCAUAUAAACUUAGACCUUUCUAUUCCGCAAGUCAUCAGAAAAGUGCAAGUCAUCGGUCCAGAAAGACAUACAAUUGUCAAAAAUAAGCAGUCUUUUAUGGUUAGCGUCGCCUUAAGAAUAAUAGUUUCUCCUCAUCGUAAGGUCAUUGUGGACGAGUAUUCCCAAAGCCAGAAAGAAGUGGACUGGCAGGUCGACUUGCGCGCAGGUAUAAAAGGACGGACUCGGCCCCUGCAACGCAUUCACUGCCGGAUCCUCUCAAGAGAAGCAUCUAAGAAGAUGGGCGUGUGUGGACGUGUCGUUGCCUUCCUGGCCUUGUUGGUCUUGGCCCACGCGGACUCGGAUGCGGGCUACGCCUUCCCCACUCCUGGCGGGGGCGCAGGCUUCGGAAAUGGGCUUGGAGCAGGAGCUGGAUUCGGAGCUGGAGCUGGAGCCGGAGCUGGAGCUGGAUUCGGAGCUGGAGCUGGAGCCGGAGCUGGAUUCGGAGGUGGAGCCGGUGCUGGAUUCGGAGGUGGAGCUGGAGCCGGUGCUGGAUUCGGAGGUGGAGCCGGUGCUGGAUUCGGAGGUGGAGCCGGAGCCGGAGCCGGAGCUGGAUUUGGAGGUGGAGCUGGAGCUGGAUUCGGAGGUGGAGCUGGAGCCGGUGCUGGAUUCGGAGGAGGAGCUGGAUUCGGACCUUCAGGACCUUCCUGCCCCUACGUGACUUCAUACGUCACGGAACACCGCACCCGAGUGCAGGAGGUCCCCUCUUACGAAACGGUCUACAAGGACGGCUACGACGUGCAGACCGUGCACGUUCCCGUCGUGAGCACCAUCGUCCAAACGCAGAAGGAGACGAGGUACGUCCCCGAGUACGUCACCACAACCAGCUACGACAACAUCAUCGAGACCGUCCACGACCGCCAGACUGACUACGUGACCAACUUCGACUCGGUCACCAUCACCAACGCCCAGUACGUGCCCAACACCGUCACCGUGACCUCCAUCUCCACCGUCGUGUCUGUCCAGGUGCAGUACGCCACGGUGGUCGAGACCGAGUACGUGCAGCAGCCCCUCGUGCAGACGUCAACCAACUACAAGGUCCAGUACGAAAACCAGAUCGUCCCUCGCUACGUGACCGACGUGACGACUGUCAAGACCUACACGACGGUCUGCCCCUACGGACUCUAAGGCGGGGUCGAGAACGCGCUGAAAAAACAUCCUAAUAUUAUUUUGCUGGUAUUUAAAAUCUAUGGAUGUCAGUAUUUAAUGAUGUGUUGUGAUUGCAAUAAAUAUAUUAGCGAC